AUGCGUCUCCACCUUGUUAUCUCACGGCAUGGCCUGCCGGUCACGCGCAUUCUGUGGACCACAACUUCGUCGACUUCUGUACUAGGCGAGUAUGGGACUCAUCGCCCGGCAUCAACAGCAGCUGUCGCAUCGUCUCGCACCCCAAAUAUCGCCUUCUCGAGUGGCGGAUACACGGUUGCACAACUCCUCGAGGAUGUGAAUGAAGUCGUGCCGCUGGAAACCGAACCAAGUAUCUUUGAUGCGGAGUUCAGUGGCCAGUGGGGAUUGGAAGAUUACGUUGUCGAAGUCGCUGGCUCGGAAUGCCUUCAUUUUAUGGAGGUCGAUGGGUUGCUCCGAGAUGGAGACGAAGUUGUUAUCCGCGCCCUUCAAUUGGCAGAUCUCCGGACCCGAAAGCUCUGUGGUCGCCACCAAAUUACUGCCGAGGGCAAGCAUCUGAUCGACGGCGUGCCUUUUGGGUCACCUUUCCUGAAAAGAACUACCUCUACGCGACCUGCAAUCACCAUACCCCCAAGGAAGAAGCGACGCACGGUUUUCUCUGGCUGGGAGCACGCUCCAGAGUUUGUGACUGACGAAGUACAUGACGAGGAGGAAGGUGAUGGAGAGUGGCUUCCACCCCCAAACACCGGGUUCGGAAAGGAGCUUUCUAUUGUGCCCCCCGAGCACGAAGAGUCUAUGGCCACGGUUAUUCGCCAUCCUGUUGACCACACCGCGGAAUCUGACAGUGAAGCGGACAUGUCUGAGAUGCCUGAAAUCGAGGAAGAUGAAUUGGAGAGCGAACUCCAAGCGCUCAAAGAGGACUUUGAAGAACCUUCUCAAUUUGUUGACAUCAGAAACCAGACUCGGAAUGCCAGUGGGCACCCACUACGGGCUACCUCGAUAGUCAAGCGACCAACUUCCAAGGGGUCACUUGCAGCUGCUUCAUCUCUUUCCAGCAAGCGGUCUCGCGCAGAAGACUCCUCUCCCAGGGCCUCCAAGGCUGUGAGAUUCAACAAGGGAGAUGAGCAGGAUAUGCCCGAUCUCCCACAAGUUCCGCAAGUUCCGCAGGCGCCACAGGCGGAGGAAAGUGCUGCUGAAACUUCCGACUCUGAUUCAUCCGACUCGUCUGCGUCUUCCUCCGAUAGCGAUUCUGAUGAUGAUUCCGAUGAUGAUUCUUCGAGCGAAGUGGAGCCUGCGGCAGAGGCACCUGAUUCUGAUUCUGAUUCUGAUUCAUCCUCAAGCUCCGAAGACUCUGAUUCAUCAGACUCGGAUUCUGAAGAGGAAGCCCCUGCGCCCGUCAAAAAAGUGCAACCAGUUUCUGUGGGCGCUCCUGGUGAAGGGUCCAUCCGCACCAAGAAGAGUAACAACCGCAUCAAACUACGCCGCCGUCUAUCAAAGCUCAAGGAGCUUGGUGCUCUCCCCGAACAAGCAGGCUUCGAUGCAUUGCGGGAAUGGGAAAACAGGCACGGAGGCUGGCAUACUCCGGAACAAUACCUUAACCCGCAGCCAUUCGUGAAACCCCAAGAGCCUGUGGAACCGGAACAAGUAUCUGCCGAAUCUUCCAGCAAGAAGCAAAAGAGAGAAAAGAAAGAACAGGAGCAGAAAGAGUUCGAAGCCAAGCGCCAGAAACUGCUUCGCGAUCUUGCCUCGGGUAAUGGUGUUGAUGUAAGCGAGACAUCAGAGAAGGAAAAUGUCCCGCCUGCCGCAUCUGUCGUCGGAGAGACCCCUGUUUCACAAGAAGUUCCCGGAAAAGACCAGCCGGGGCAGGAACCUUCGAACCGACGUACCCUGGACAUUGCUAGCUCACGGCGCAUGCUGUUUGGAUCUCUCGGAAUGCGAACCCCGAAGACCAAGGAAGAUGAAGAGGAAACACGGAGAAAGCUCGCUGCCAAAGCUAGUGCAGGCGGGCGCCGAAGCAAACCUUCUAAGCAAGACACCCAGGAAGAGACCGACCAGAUGCAAGAGGACGAAGAUGCAUCUGACAUUGAUUGGCAAAACAAACUUGUCAUCCGUGCUGUCGAGUGUCUCUACCCCCAAGUUGAUAUGACCGCGCCUCCUUAUCCAUUCGUUCAACGUUGGGACCAAGAAGCCAAUGCAUUGAUCCGUGAGCUCAAGGGCCCCAACAAGAAGCGGAAGAGAAAGCAGCGUGUUCAGGUCUACGAAGAAUAUGAGGAGCAGGAGGAAUACGAUGAAAAUGGGAAUUACUACGGCUAUGAUGAGCAAUACCAAGGCGGAGAUGACCAAGCCAAUCAUCAGGGUCAUUACGAAGGUGAGGCCGAUCCGCAUUAUGAGGGCCAUUGGGAAGGCGAAGCUGCUCCCUACUAUGAAGGUCAUUAUGCAGGCGAAGCUGAAGGAGAUCAGAUGAAUUAUGACGAUGCUCCUGAGCCUGAAAAAUCUACCUUCGAUGACCUACCUGCGGUCCCCGCCGACAUAAGUUCAGUGCCCGAUUUGGCCGAGGGCGAAGCGAAGGUCGGCGCAAUCAUUGCAUUCCGGCAGCUAGACAUGUCCAAAGCCACGAACUGGCAGCCUCAGAUGUCUGAGUACCGAGUAGCUGAGGUGCGCUCUGUUAAAGAUCAUGGAGUGAUUAAUGUACUACUAGCCAAGCGAGACCGAAAGCCCCGUUCAGCAUCCGAGUCUGACGAGCCCCGUCGAUUCAGCAAGUUUGAAGUACCAGACCUAGCCAAUGACGAGGGAGAGGAUGACGGCUAUCGGGAGCUUGCCUUUGCAGAACUCAGUGAUCCGAAGCUUCUUCAACCCGCAGCACAGUCGGGUGCUGAAUCUGAGGACCAGAAUAAUACUCGAGAAGAUAGCAUUGUCUCUGUAGUUCAAGAAUCCGUACCGAAUGCCCAACCAGCCCUAUCUGAAGAAAUGUACCUUGACGACACAACCUUUGUCACCAUUGGAAAUGAAGUCAGCCGUCUUGAGUCCCCGCGUGAAUCCCCUGGAAUGCCCGAUGAGCCUAUCCAACAAACCCCUGGCAGAGGCGUGCCGCAGAUUCAAGUCCAGAGAGGAUCUGAUGAGCGCAGUAUUACACCUCCAAUCCCUUCGCCUUCUUUCACUGGAUUUCACUCUGCUCGAUCCUGGCAGCAAAUGACCCCUGGUGCUGAGCUCAGUCACGAGCUUGAAGGCCAUACUCUCAUCGGAGGAGAAACGCCAUCUGCUUUAGUCAAUCGAGACGAGGAUCCUUCCGCUUUGUCAUAUGCUUCUGCAAAUCAAUCCUUUGCCGAUGAUCCUGAGGACCAAGAAAUGUCUGAGCAUCAAGAGCAUGAACGCCAGGUUGUUGAGGAAAAUCUUGUGCCGCCUGGCGAGUCGGGGGAGAGUGGUCCUCAAUCUGGUUCACUCUUGUCCACCAUUGACCGUAAUGGUCACGGUGGUGCAUCUGAUUCUAUGUUUGUGAAAAACGAUACGAAAAAAGAAAAAGACAAUGUAGCCCCCAACAGCUCUUCUGAAUCGUGGAAGGAUCUUCUGAACAGAUUAAGGAAUGGUCCAUCGGAGCCCGGCGAUUCACUCAUCACGAGCGAUGUCGACAAGGACAACGAAGACAACAACAGUGAAAGCAAUCAGAGUCCCGAGCGGUUGGAAGACAGUGUACAGCACUCCUACCUGGACCUCAAUUUCUCGCCGCUUGACACCCCACGGGUAUCCAAUUCGCGCUCUCCUAACCUACCAACGAGUGCCCAGCAGGAUGCCCAAUCUCAAAAACAAGCCUCAUUCCCUUCGACAUUUGAAACGGGAUCCCCCGCCACAUCCACCCGCUCCAAACUCUCCCAGCGGGUGCAUGAACCCGAAUCCGCCUCCCAAAUCCCCGCCUCCCAGGCAUCCGAAGUGAUUGACCUCACUUCCAGCCCACAUGAAUCACCUGAACCCAGCACCUCCAAUUCCAACCCAUCCCAGCGCUCUAAAUCUGCAGCGUAUGGGAAGUCACAACGUGAUGAGGACAUUCCUCGCCCGUCUAGACGUCCACCCCGAGCUUCUACGGGGAGACUCCAACACAUGGUGGAAGUGAGUAUCAGUCCUUCCAAUCAGAAGAAGAGACGGUCGUCGCGAAAGUUCUGA